UUAUCGAUGUGCAUCAGCAACCGAGAGAGAGAGAGAGAGAGAUCAAAGAAAGAGAGAGAAUACUGUUAGGCUGUUAGCUCUAUUGGUUGCCUGUACCAUCCUCCCCAAUUUUGUACUAGCUAGCCCAAUAAGAAGAUCCUAGUUCAACCACUAGCCAGUAUUUUAGCAGCAGCUUUGCUUUCUCUUUCUCUUUUUCCCUUGAAAGAGAGAAAGAUUGUACCCACUUGGUGGCAUUUCUGUUUCCUUCCCUUCUUUCGCAAGAUGGCACUGCCACUUUCUUUCCUUCUGGUGAUCGUUUUGGAGUUGAUGUGCAGCAGCACCAUUAUUAAUGGCCAGCGUCCCCCGUCUCCCGGCUACUAUCCCACCUCCAUCUUCCCUUCCUCCUCCUUCUACCAGUCAUUUACAAACCUCUGGGGGCCUCAGCACCAGUCAGUGUCUCCUGAUCAAUCAUCUGUCACAAUUUGGCUUGACAGAUCCUCAGGAAGUGGGUUCAAGUCUAGACAGGCGUACCUGUCAGGCUACUUUGGAGCAGCAAUCAAACUCCAACCUGGGUAUACUGCAGGAGUCAUCACCUCGUUCUAUCUUUCUAAUGGGGAGCAGUAUCCUGGGCAGCACGACGAAGUGGACAUUGAGUUCUUAGGCACCAUCCCCGGCAGGCCUUACACCUUGCAGACCAAUGUGUACAUCCAUGGAACUGCAGAGAGGAAGAUAGGGAGGGAGGUGCAGUUUCAAUUGUGGUUUGAUCCCACUGCUGAUUUCCACAACUACGCCAUCCUCUGGAACCCAAGAGAGAUAGUAUUCUUCGUCGAUGAUGUCCCCAUCAGGAUCUACGCAAAUAAGUCUCCAGACACCUUCCCCAUGAGACCAAUGUGGGUCUAUGCCUCAAUAUGGGAUGCAUCAUCUUGGGCUACUGAGAAUGGAAAAUACAAGGCCGAUUACAGUUACCAGCCAUUUGUGGGGAAGUACAGCAGGUUCAUCGUCAGGGGCUGCCCGGCCUAUUCCUCUCAGUACUGCCAGCCGGUUUCAGCCGCUCCCGGCGGGGCCUUCGGCUUGACCUCCAUGCAGAGCCAGGCCAUGCAGUGGGCUCAGAGGUUCCACAUGGUCUAUGACUACUGCAAGGACUGGGCCAGGAACCGUGCCCUUUACCCAGAGUGCUGAACCUCCACUGCCACCUUCAUUAAAGCUUGAAAACAAAAGAAUUACAGUAAGAAACAUGCCUCUUGUUGCCAAAGCAAAGAUUUUUGGCCUCGUUCUGGGCGUGAAGACAAACAUACAUAUUACAUAUACAGUUAUCUGCAUAAGUACAUAAAGAUAUCGGGACAGUUUGGACACUUGGGGCGCAUUGAGUGGCCAUAAAUAAGAGACAGAAAUUAAGUAUGAAAGCAGUGUAAGAGACAAAUGUGGAUUUUUCAUUGUUUGUAAUAAUGUACUGUAUCUCCCCUUCGUGAAAAGGGGCAUUAGUUUACAUGUUUAUGGUGGAAAGAUGGCAAGAAUAUUGACCGUCUAUAAAUCUGAACAUACUUCUUUUCUUGU